ACGACUUGUGCAGAGUAGACCACGGUCCACUGAAGAAUUGUUGCCUAAAAUUCAUAUCAACUCCAAUCAAUCAAUCGAAUCAGAGACGGAGUGUGUGAGAGGGGUUAUUUUGGUAUUGGUUUCAAUCUCGUGGUGGUGGGAAAUGCAUUUGUACAAUGCUUGGCUUCCACCACCGGUCGCCGAGCAAACAAAGAGAGAGAAGGAAUCCUUUUCCCGGCUCGUCAGGACCCUCGAAGAUUUCUCUCAAUCCGAUGAUCCCGAUUCAGUUUACUCCACUCUCACUUGGAUACCUCUCAUCAAAACUUUCAUAGUUGCUGAAAGUGACGUGGCUUUGGAAGAUGUAGGCACACUUGUCAAGAUUGGGUUAGAAUUUUUUGAAAAAUCGCAAAACAAGCUUUAUGCACAGGUUAAAUGGGAGAUAUUAAUGUUAUUACUCAGUCAGUAUCGCAAGAAAUUGUCAUUAAAAAUUCAGUGGUGGCCUCUUUAUGAUGCUCUGAUUAUAACACAUUUUACCAGGAAUACAGGUCCAGAAGGGCCAAGACUAAAACAACGUCAUUUUGAGACUAUUACUUCUCUUGUUCAAUCCUGCAGGAGAUUCUUCCCACCAGGUUCUGCCUCUGAGAUAUGGUCAGAGUUUAGGUCUUUGGUGGAAAAUCCUUGGCAUAAUUCAUCCUUGGAAGGUUCUGGAUUUCUGAGACUGUUUCUCCCUACAAAUCUGGACAACUGGGACUUCUUUUCAUGUGAUAGGAUUAAACAAUGGAUAGACCUGUGGGACUCAAUACCAAAUUGCCACUUUUGGAACUGUCAAUGGGCUGGUGUUAUAGCUCGUGUCAUAAAGAAUUGCAAGUUUGUCGACUGGGAGUGUUUCUUACCCACACUUUUCAUUAAAUACUUAAAUAUGUUUGAGGUUCCAGUCGCGAGUAGAUCUGAAUCACAUCCUUUUCCUCUGGAUGUUCCUAAAAACAUUAGAUUCUUGUUCUCAAACAGCACAGUUUCCCUAGUGAAGGCCAUUGCUAAAUCAAUUGUUUAUCUACUGAAACCUCGUAGUGCAGCACUAGCACACCUUGAGAAAAUCAUCAACCAUUUGGAACAAUAUUACCAUCCUUCUAAUGGUGGUUCAUGGACCUAUUCAUUGGCAUGUUUUUUGAUACAUUUGGUCAUUCAAUUCCAGAAACGACUAAAAUAUGAACAACAGAACAUAAAUGACUGCAGACAAGCUGAACUGUAUCUGGGAGGAUCAGAAAGGACGUUCUUUGUGAACGUGGUACUCAAAUUAAUUGAUCGAGGUCAAUAUAGCAAGAAUAAUGAUCUUUCUGCGACAGUUGCUGCUGCAAUAUCUAUACUGUCCUAUGUGGAGCCCUCCUUGGUUCUUCCUUUUGUGGCGUCCCGGUAUUAUAUAGCCUUGGAGACGAUGACUGCCACCCACCAGUUGGAAAUUGCUGUGAAGUCCAUAUCAUUUGUCACGCGUUCACUACUUCUCACAUCCCUCUCACCUUCCUCAAUAAAACUUGUUCAUCUUGGAGGUGGUAAUGAGUUCAUCGAUCUUCUGACAGUUUCAUUAUCCAAUGCAUUACUUGGCUUGGAUGCCAAUGAUCCUCCUAAAACCUUGGCAACCAUGAAAUUAAUUGCUUCAAUAUUUUCCAAUUUGGAUACUUUAGAUGAUGAUGUAGAUGUGUUGUCAUUCAUGCCAAUACGCUUUUCUCAAUGGCUGGAUGAGUUCCUGUCUCGCCUAUUUUGCUUGCUUCUAUACUUGGAACCCAGCAGUGUUCUGAAUGAAGGUCUAUAUUCACCAGCAACAUCAGGAACUUUUCUUUGCAAGAACCAUUCUUACUACUAUUGCAUGCUUGAAAUAUUGCUUGGGAGACUUUCAGAAUCUCUGUAUGAUCAGGCUUUGAGGAAAAUUUCCAAGUUUGUGAAAACCAAUACUCUUCCUGGUUCAACUGAAGAAGUUGGACUGCUUUGCUGUGCAUGCAUCCAUUCAAACCAAGAAGAGGGGGUCAACAAACUUAUUGAGCCACUAUUGUUGUCUGUUUUGUCAUCCUUAGAUGAUACACCACUUAUGGUGUUUGAAGGAGAAAUCUCCACUGCAUCAAUGUCAAUCAGGGAAAAACCCACACUUUCUCCAGCUCUUGAAACGACAAUUAGUUAUCGAUUGAAAGUAUUAUCAAUCGCCAUCAGUUAUGGAGGUCCUGCACUUCUACAUUACAAGGAUCAAUUUAAAGAAGCUAUCCUUUCUUCUUUUGACUCCCCAUCGUGGAAGGUCAAUAAAGCCGGUAACCAUCUUCUUCGAUCACUCCUCAAAAGCCUGACACGCUAUUAUCCUGCUGAUCAGUACAAGUGCAUAUUGCGUCACCCUGGUGCUACUACACUAGAUAAAUGGAUUAGCACAAAAUAUUAUUCUAAUGAUGAACUAGCAAUGGCCCCCAAGUGGCAUAUUCCGAGUGAUGAUGAAGUCCAGUUUGCAAAUGAACUCUUGGAUCUUCAUCUUCAAUCAGCUUUGGAUGAUCUUUAUAGAAUAUGCCAAGCUAGCAUCCAUUCUGACCCAGGAGACAAGAAAGAGCACUUGAAGGUGCUUCUUUUACGUGUUAAUUCCUCAUUGCAAGGUGUUUUGUCUUGCUUGCCGGAUUUCAAUAUGCCCUCCAGUAAUGCCAUGGUUGAAGAUCCAGAUAAUGCUUCUUUCCUAAUAGCUGGAGCAAUAGGUUCAAGUGUUGGCAGCACUGAAUUGCGGGAGAAAGCUGCCAAGAUCAUACAUGCCAUCUGCAAAUACUUAUUAGAGGAAAAGGCAGAUGACAGCAUCUUAUUGACACUUGUUAUUCAUAUUAUGGAUGCUUUAGUAAACUACGGAAAUUCUUGGUAUGAUCAGUGGUCUGGGGAGGUUUGGGAUUUGGACUCUGCAGCCAUAAUAGAACCUCCAAUAAAUUUUAUUGUGUUAUCACACUCUAGAGGAAAGAAAAGGCCAAGGUGGGAUGUUAUCGACAAGGCAUACCUGCACAGUAUGUGGAGAUCGUUUAAGUCAUUCUAUCAUAAAUUUUGUACAAGUGGGAAUUUCUAUCCAUCCUACCAUGUGAUUCCUCUAAUUGAUGAUCUUCUAAAGCUCUGUCUGCAUAACUAUGGAACGAUACGCAGACUUGCUGGAAAAUCUUUGCUGAAGAUAUUCAAGAGGUGGCCAUCUAUCAUCUCAAAGUGCAUUCUCUCUCUUACUGAGAACUUACAGGAUCCCAACUCACCUGAACAUGCUGUGCUAGGUUCUUGUGCAAUCCUUGCCUCAAAAGCAGUUUUCAAGCAUUUGGCAAUGGAUCCAAAGUCAUUAUCUUCAUUCAUCUUUGGGAUUCUUUCAAGCUCCCACCAUGAGUCACUAGAAGCCCAGAAAGUAAUCAAUGAGCUUUUUGUUGCAUACAACAUCUACUAUGCUGGAGUAUCUAGAAGCAUUUUCAGGAUGUCAGAUGAUCAAAUAGAUGGAACAGAUUUUGCAAAUUUGGUUUCCAAGAUUGUUUCAAUGGGGUCUGAUUCUAUCAGCUUGCAUUGGCGAUAUAACCUGAUGGCCAAUAGGGUUCUGCUCCUCUUGGCUAUGACAUCUAGAAAUUACCUCAACUCCUCUUCAAAAAUGUUGCGCGAUACUGCUGGUCACUUCUUGAAGAAUUUAAAAUGUAAACUUCCUCAGACUAGAAUUCUAGCAAUCUCAGCCCUAAAUACACUGUUGAAAGAAUCACCUUAUAAAUUGUCAAUGGAGGAAUGUCCUUUCUUUUCUGAUGAUUUUAAAGGAAAGACAAGAUCGUCACUUGAAAGAGCUCUGACUCAAAUUUUUCAAGAAGAUGGCUUUUUCAAUGAGGCAUUGAAUAGUCUAGCUCUUGUUCAUAUAAUCACUGAUGUUGAAGGCACAUCUUCUGGAGGAAACCAUGGAAGUUCUAUUUUUCAGAGCCAAGCAGACAAAUCCAUUACUCGUUUUUACUUUGAAUUUUCAGCUUCAUGGCCACGCACUCCUUGUUGGAUCUCUUUCUUAGAAAGUAAUUCUUUUCAUUCAAAAUUUGCCCGGAUUUUUAAGCGGCUAGUCCAGGAAUGUGGCAUGUCUGUUUUAUUGCCACUUAAAAGUACACUGGAGGAGUUCGCCAAUGCCAAGGAGAGGUCUAAGCAGUGUGUUGCUGCCGAGGCAUUCGCGGGCAUAUUGCAUUCUGAUGUCAAUGGUACUUUGGGAGCAUGGGACAGCUGGAUGAUGGUCCAGUUGCAGAAUAUCAUUUUAGCACAAUCAGUUGAGUCCAUACCUGAGUGGGCAGCAUGUAUACGUUAUGCAGUUGGUGGAAAAGGGAGAUAUGGAACCAGAAUUCCUCUCCUAAGGCAACAAAUCCUAGAUUGUUUGGCAAAACCUUUACCUCCAAAAGUAACUACCACUGUAGUGGCCAAGCGCUAUACUUUUCUGUCAGCAGCACUUAUAGAGUUAUCCCCACAGAAGAUGCCAGUAGGUGAAUUACAACUCCAUAAUAAACUUCUGCAGGAGCUUCUUGGUAAUAUGUGUCAUUCCUCUGCCCAAGUAAGGGAAGCUGUAGGUGUCACCCUUUCUGUGUUGUGCUCUAACAUUCGGCUUUAUGCGAUAUCUGAUCAUCAUCAUUCACAUGAAGGAGCAAACAAUGAUGUCAAUAAUCGACUUAUGGAAGAUUGUUUUCAAAUUUUAACAGAAAAAGCGUCACAAGUGUUAACAAAUAUUCAAAAUGCCAGCCACUGUGUCAAUCUGGAGACUUCAAGGAAUAUAAGUGCUCCAGAUGUGCACUUGAAUGGUGAUUCCCAAGAUAAUGUCAAAUGGAUGGAAACACUGUUCCAUUUUAUCAUCUCAUCUUUGAAGUCUGGAAGAUCUUCAUGUUUACUAGAUGUAAUUGUGGGACUCCUUUAUCCUGUAAUUUCUUUGCAGGAAACAUCAAAUAAGGAUUUGUCAACAUUAGCCAAGGCAGCUUUUGAAUUGCUAGAAUGGAGAAUUUUCUGGGAACCCCAUCUCCAAGAAGCCGUAUCUGUGAUUCUUUCUUCAGCUAUUGAUUCUAACUGGCGAACGAGAUCUGCAACGCUGACAUAUCUACAAACUUUCAUGCACAGGCACACUUUCAUUUUCUCACGUUCAGAGAAACAAAAAAUCUGGAGAACUGUUGAGAAGUUACUCGUAGACAUCCAAGUGGAGGUAAGAGAGCAUGCUGCAGCAGUCCUAGCAGACUUAAUGAAAGGAGUGGAUGAAGACCAAGCUAGACAUUUCCUUGAUAGAGCUUACAAUGAGGCAAAUGCUCUCCAUAAGAAGAGAAAGAAGAUAAAUUUAAAUGAUGGUCAAUCUGUAGCCUCUAUUCAUGGUCCUGUACUUGCGUUGGCAGCUUCGGUCCUAUCAGCCCCUUAUGAUAUGCCCAGUUGGCUGCCCGAGCAUGUUACAUUACUGGCUCGUUUUGGUGGGGAGCCAUCACCAGUGAAAUCCACAGUUACAAAAGCAGUUGCAGAGUUCCGGAGAACGCAUGCAGAUACAUGGGACAUUCAGAAAAAAUUAUUUACUGAAGAGCAGCUUGAGGUUCUGGCUGAUACAUCCUCUUCAUCAUCAUAUUUUGCUUGAUCUAGGAUGUAUUCCUAGUAAGA